UCAAGUAGAUAGGCCGGAAAUCUGAUGUAAAGCAUAUAAAAUAUCAAUAUUCAAAGGAACGAUUUGAAGUGUCAGGUCAAGUGCGAACUGGGGCUUAAAAUAAAAAAUUGCUCCAGAAAAAUAUGAAUAAUUUCAGACAAGAAAAUUUUAAAGCAAAAAAUAAGAAUGAAUUACGGAAUCGAACCAUCAAGUUCAGCUGAUGCUGAGCUUAUUCGAGUAUAUGAAGAUGAAGACUUGGCAAAAAUUUAUGCAAAAUAUAGAUUACCAUACUGUUCGUCGGUACCGAAGGAAAUUGUGCAGUUUAUGAGACAAAAAAGAUCUGCGAAUACCCAAGAUGGGAGAUAUGAGCGAAUGCUUGAUGUCGGAUGUGGGUGUGGAACAUUAUCAACACAAAUGUUUUCUCCGUAUUUUCAAUCAAUUCUGGGUUUCGAUAUCAGCGAAGCCGCAAUUAAGCAAGCAAAAUUGGUGAACAAAUCCGAAAACAUCACUUUUGAGGUUAUCCACAGCCACAAGUUUCCAGUAGAAGACAAUAGCAUUGAUCUCAUCACGUGUGGGACAUCCAUACAUUUUCUGGAUAUUAAGGAAUUCGAAAAGGAAUGCCAGAGAGUUUUAAAACCUGGUGGGAUCUGUGCUGCGUUUGUACUUAAUCUUCAAAGGGCGAGGUUGAUCAACCACAGCGAAAACGAUUCUACAACGUCUUGCAUAUUGCUGAAGCCCGUGACUGCACAGUAUUUUGUCGAUAUCAAAGUUCAUCCGUGUAAUUUCGAAGCACUUGAUGAAAAUCGACCGAUAUUUGAUCGAAUACAAAAUUCUUCUAAACAAUGGCUCAAAGAAAUCGUAAUCGAAAGAGAGAUGUCACUACGAAAGAUUAAAGAUAGGUUCCGAACCUCCGGAGAAUACGUUAUUAUGAUGAAAGAAAAGCCAUCCGGUGAUCCGCUUGAAGUACUUGCACAAAAUAUUAAGGAAGGUCUUCACUUAAACCAGUCACUUGACGAUGCAGAUAUAAUGCUGAGUGUUGAGUUAGUUACCUCUACCUUCGUAUUCAUGAAAGAUUAUUAGAUUUAUUCGGCUCUGCACUCUUGCCAAAGCAAAUACUGUAAAUAAAGCAUUUUCCGA